AUACGUAUCCCCAAGCUAUAGCGUAUCGGUAGUGUUCAGCGACCGCGCUGUGUCAUAUAUACGAGGUGGUGUGUAAGGUGUAGAGCACGGUGUAAAGAUUGCCGUGUAGGUGAACGCGCGUUAUCUUCACUAUUAUCGCCAUGGCCCUGUUCGCGUGGACGUUCCGAGGUAAUAUCAAUCGGUUUCUCACCGACGUGCAGAUUUUACAGUGUCUCAUCAUACUAGUUAGUUUCUUCAAUCUUUCUCUGUGCCUGUAUGAGGAUCAAGUCGGCAAAUUCGAUUGGAGACAGAAUUAUGUCGGCAAAAUUAAAUUCGCCAGUUUCGACACGGUAUCCACAGCGAAAAAGAUUAUCGUCGCCACUGAAGAAAAUGUUAUUGCUGCGCUUAAUCUAAAAUCGGGUCAAAUAUUAUGGAGGCGAGUAUUGGAGAAAGGUUAUGGUGGCCGUAUUAGAACUCUGGGAGGUGUUGCAGAUGGAGAUCUUAUAUCUGUAAGUGGAGGUGUUCCAGCCAUUGUUCGUGCCUGGGAUUUGGCAACUGGACAUAUACUUAAUGAAUGGCCAAUAGCUGAACAAAAUACUGAUAGAAUAAAAGAUGUAAAAUGGCACAUCAAAGAUGGAACAUUGCAUCAUAUAUUACCUAUUUAUAAUAGUGGGGUUGAAGUAACAUCUUAUGAUAGCAAAACUGGAGAAAAAUUGAAGACUCGAAGAGUCUCUGCACCAUUCAUAAGUCAAGAGACAGAAUGUGUUUUAGCAGCUCCAUAUUUGGCAUGUUUGAAGGGAGACAGUUCUUUAGCUGUAGUAUUCUUAAUACAUCUAUUUGACACCAAUGUACAGCCGCAGUCAGUUACAAUAAAUACAAUAUUUGGAGCUGGUGCGCAAGGGCCAUAUAAACUGGAAUCUGUAUUUGGGGAAGAGCCUGUAAUUUCUAUUAAUGCUGAUAACGAUCAAAGAAAGCGGAUAUUGGUUAUUGGAGAACCUCCAAUUCCUAUACAGAGAGAUAUUGCUGGUGAUACAACACUUCAUGUUGUUUCUAUCAAUAAUGAAAAAAUUCUUUUGGAAACAAUAUAUAAGAACGGAAGAAUAGAAAUAAUCGCUACAAACCUCUUGUCCUCUGCACCUUUAUCUGAUUUAUCAAGUGUAUUUGGUCAUGUUUCUAUACAAUCGCCGACCAUAAUGGCAUCCGUUUGCCUAAAUCAAACAAAAAAAAUAAUGUGUCGUUACUUAUUAUCCUCGCAAGAUCAUAGUAUUGCGUUAUUGCAACAAAACAAAGUGAUAUGGGCAAGAGAAGAAGCACUUGCCAGUAUCGUGGCUGUUGAAAUUAUAGAGUUGCCUAUGUCUGACGGGGAACAAGCUAUCGAAACGGAAUUUGAUCAGAAAGAGAGUAUUGAUGUAGACAGUUCAUGGGACUUGUUAAGUAUGGUGUUUAGAAGGAUUACUUCUCAGAUCAAUCAAGCAAGAGUGUUUUUACAUACAAUACUGGAUUUGGUGCCUCAACAAUCCAAUCAACGUACUGACUUAGUACGAGAUCAAUUUGGCUUGCAUAAAAUGAUCGUAGCCGUUACAUCUGCUGGAAAGUUAUACGGUAUCGAAACUAGAAAAGGUGAAAUUAUCUGGCAACUGAGAUUACCUAAUAUCCGAGGUUUCACGAAAAUAUCUGACACGAUGGUCCUGUAUGUUCAAAGAGGUAGUAGACAUUUUCCUCAUCCACCACAAUGUGCAUUGUUAGCAGAAGACAAGGAAAGUGGGGAAGGUAUCAUAUAUACUUUUAACCCAAUUAUCGGACAGUUGGAUGGAUUAAUAAAACUUGGGUAUAGAGUAAAGCAGUCUAUGUUACUGCACGUAGCAACCGAUGAUUUCCUGCGUGGUAUCCUUGUUCUUGACGCACGUGAUAAAGUUCAUGUUUAUCCUGACAGUGCAACUGCAGUUGCUGCUACACUAGGAAAAAGUACAUACCUUUUUACAGCUGAUCAGACAACUGGAAUAUUAUCUGGAUUCUCUCUCUCAUACAGCACGACUCAGGAAUUAAUCGCUCAUAAAGUGUGGGAAUUGUUACUAUCACCGAGGAACCAAAGAAUAACGCAAGUUGUAGCAAAAAAUCCGAUAGAACGUGUCCAUUCUCAAGGGAGAGUCUUAAGUGACAGAUCGGUAUUAUAUAAAUAUAUUAACCCCAAUUUAGUGGCUGUAGUAACGGAAGGUAUAGGACAUGCCCAUAAAAAUACACUUAAUUUGUAUCUACUAGAUGUAGUAUCUGGAUCUAUGAUUUUUUCUAUCACGCACAAAAGAGUACGUGGUCCAAUUCAUAUUGUGCAUUCAGAAAAUUGGUUAGUAUACAGUUAUUUCAAUGAGAAAGGACGUAGAACAGAGAUCGCCACGUUAGAACUGUACGAAGGAAAGAUACAGAGUAACACCACAGUGUUCUCUUCUUUAGCGACGACAAAAUUGCCAAUUGUAGAGAGACAAGCUUUUAUUUUCCCGGCAUCUAUAGAAUAUAUGCAAGAAACGAUUACUGAGAAAGGUAUUACUAGCAAACAUAUAAUAGUUGCUUUAGCCAAUGGUGGAAUAUUAGAGUUGCCGUGGAUGAUGGUAGAUCCACGACGGCCUAUUAAUCCUGAAAUGCGAGAGGAAGGAGUAAUACCAUACAUGCCCGAAAUUCCAAUUCAUAUGGAUGCUAUCAUCAAUUAUAAUCAAAGUGUUUCUAGAGUUUUGGGUAUUCACACUAGUCCCAGUGGCCUUGAAAGUACUUGUUUAGUUUUUGUACAUGGUCUUGAUUUGUUUUACACGAGAGUGGCACCAUCUAAAACAUUCGACGUUCUAAAAGAAGACUUUGAUUAUUAUCUUAUUGUGAUAGUACUUGCAGCGCUGUUGAUCUCAUCGUACGUCACUAAAAAAUUAGCAUCCAAAAAAGCUCAAAAACAAGCGUGGAAAUGAUGCCUCGCUUUUUUAGAGAAUCGUUACGUAAUGUGUAUGAAUCUGUUCACUAUAGGCAAGAAUUUUUGCUAAGAUAACUUGUAAAAUAUACUGUUUUAUAAAUAGCUAAUUUUAACACAAAGUAAACGCUAAUACUUUGUUAUCUUAUCUAGAAAUUUCUUAAAUAAUCUUAAAUCCCUUGAAUAAAAAAAAAAGACGCGUACAUGGAAUGUAUAUUUUACCCUCUUAGUAGUACAGAACGCACACGUGCGAUAGGUAGUAUCUAAAUUCUUUAAAGUGUGCUAAUCAAUGUAUGACAAGAGUGGACCAUGAUCAUCGGUUAUUAAAUUAUGGAAAUAACUGAUAACGUGCUCAAAAUAUAAUUGCUUCUUUGUUAAUUGUACGGAACUUUCUGUAAAUGAAAUGAAAUCAUUUUAUAUGAUACCUAUGCAUUCUCGAUAUAAAUCAAAGCAAAAAUUAGGAAUUUGGAGAUAAAAUAUAGAAAAAAACUAUGCUUGAUCAUUAAUGUAUUUUACAAUGAACAUAUUGAAAUAUUAAUGUACGUGACUGAACAGCGCUGAAUGCAAGAGCAUUUACUUGCUAUGCAAAAAAAAAUACGUGAUUGUCAUAUUGCAAAAUAUGAUAAUUUAAUUUCUAAACAAAUAUUUAUAAUUUAUGUGCUUGUAAAAUGUUAUCUUCUAGAAACUCCGAAGAACAGUAUAUUUUGCAUCUUUCUAUGUACCUGUAAUUUACCAUCCUUUAACAUAUGUAAAAAGUGUAUGCACUUUAUACACUUAUAUUCCAGAUUUCUUGUAAAAUAUCCUCAGCUCAAUUUUCCAAAUAAUUAAGUUUCCUUAACAUCAUUUAUAAUACUUGCAAGAAAUAUUAUGUGAAGAAACGCAAUUUUUAAAUAAUUAUUUAUUACAGAACACAUGAAAUUAUUUUUAAAUUUCCUUAGUUUGUUGACAAAUUUAGUGGUCUUAGUUUACUACGUAUCAAUAAACUGAUAUCAUUUCCAAUUUUAGAAAUAAAAAUACUCUGAAAUAUAACGCGGGAACAGAAAAUACAGUUAUUAAAGAAAUACAUUUUUAUUAUUUUUAUUA